ACGUCGAUGCGACACUAAACAUGUCAUAGGUGCGUCUCCUUUUGCUACCUACUACCGUCUAAAUCCAUGUACAAAAGCUGCUUCAGCAACUAUGAUCAGUAGAGCUAAUUAAUUACCAUGGCGCCGUCUUCGUUGCUGCUCUGCUGGAGCAUCCUCUGCCUCGCCGUGGCCGGCGGCGGCGGCGGCGGCGCUGCCACCUCUGCCGAUCCGCUGCGCUUGCCGUGCCUCGACAACCCGCCGGAGCUGACGGCCGACGGCGACAGUGAGGCCGGCGUGGUCAUCGACGACCUGGCAGGCUUCCCGGCGUAUGUCACCGGCGACGUCCACUCCGGCCGGGCCAUCAUCGUGGCCUCCGACAUCUAUGGAUUCGAAGCACCAUUGCUGAGGGACAAUGCCGACAAAGUUGGUGAAGCUGGGUAUUACGUUGUGGUACCUGAUUUCUUCCAUGGACAACCUUACAAUGGAGACCCAAGUAUAAACGUUACAAAAUGGAUCACACUUCACUCUCCGGUAAAAGCAGCUGAAGAUGCUAAAUCAAUCUUUGCUGCUCUAAAAAGGGAAGGCAAAUCUGUUAUUGGAAUUGGAGGUUAUUGUUGGGGUGCGAAGUUUGCUGUGGAGGUGGCCAAAACCAAUGAAGUUGAAGCGAUUGUCAUCUCUCAUCCUUCAGAGGUGAUUGCUGAUGAUAUGAAAGGUGUCAAAUGCCCCAUUGAAAUCCUUGGAGGUCAGAAUGACCAUAUAACACCACCAAGUUUGGUGGACCAGUUUGUGAAUGUGUUGCGUCAAACAACUGAGGUUGAUUACUUUGUCAGGAUCUUUCCAGACGUGUCUCAUGGCUUUGCUUGCAGAUAUAACGCCAGCAACCAGUUUGCUGUCAAAACUGCUCAACAGGCUCUUGCCUUAAUGCUUGACUGGUUUGAGAAAUACUUGAAAUGACAAUAUAGAUUAUUCUAUUAAAAAAAUGACAAUAUAGAUAGUCAUUUGUGAAAAUACAGAAAAUUGCACUUAUUCAUUUUCAUCUAAAUAAAUUGCCGGUGUCCAUGUAUAAGUAUAACCAGCCAUGUCAAUGUGAUUAAUUGGCUAUGAUUUUCUCUGAAUUGAGCUUGUCGAUGUAUUAACUGCUGAAUUGAUUUAUGAAACUUUCCGAUUCCUUCCC